GGGCACCGGACAUUUCUCUGCUAUCAACUCAAGCGACGAGGGAGCCGUGCUGCAUCGGCAGGCCUCGCUCGUCGCGCGAUUCGUUCCCAUGGCGCAGCGGCGAAACGCUACCGCUGACGGCCAGGAUUUCAAGGACGUGGCCAUGGACUUUUUACAGAACGCCCAGGCGUCGCAGUGGCAGGAGCUGGUGAGAACCCCGGCCGUUGCCAGGUACGUGCAACGCCUGCUGAUUGCCCGGGUGAAGCGGGACCGCGGCCUGGCGGCGGCGGUGGCGCUGUGCGCCAUCACCGGGUCGACGCCCAGGACCAACAUCAGAAGCCAAAAGUGGGGCUCCAUGUUGGCUUCGGGAUGCUCGUCCAGACUUUGGGAAGGUAUAAGGACUUUGGGGAGUGCCCGCAGGGUGCUGGAAGAGACACCCAGGAAGGAGGACACCUACGCCGACGUGCCCAAAACGCCGCCGGACGAGGAGGCCCCUGCUUCCCCGCCGCGGAAGCUGCGGCGCCGCCUGCGCUUUAAGCAGCGCGGUGGGUCGAGCCUUCAACUGACCUCGAGCCGCCAGACCAGCCUGGGAGGCCUGAACUUGGAUCUGGCCAUUUGCGUCUUGGGCUUCCUGGACGUCCGCGCCAAGCUGGCGACUCUGAGCUGUGCCUCCACUGGGCUGCGGGAGGCCCUGCAGCAGCGCGCGGCCUGGGAGCCCCUGGAAGUGGACCAGGCGCUUUGUCGGAGCCUGCUGCGGUUGCUGAAGGAGCGGGAUCCUUUGGGCUACUUCGCGGAGGAGCGGCAGCGGGUGAAGAGCCGCUUCCCCCGGGGUUUCUUCGAGGUGCGCCAGCUGGACAUCGUGCUCAUGGACCCGGAGCGGGUGGAGCAGCCGGUGAGCGACACGGAGGACGAGGCGCCAAGGCCCUUGCCCGCGUUGAUCCCCGAUCCCCUGGACGAGUUGCUGAAGCGAAUGAAGAACUACUUCCCGCGGGCAGAGGAGGUCAUAGUGAGGAACAUCGAGGACUAUCGCAUGGACUACCGCUUCGUGGAGCUCCGGUGCGGGGAUCUGCAGGCCUUCGGCUUCGUGGAGCUCGCGCACCUGGGCGUCACUUACCAGCUCAAGGCCUUUCGCGCACACCCGCCCCAGCAGGUGGACUGCCAGGCGGUGGCCAGGCUCAACCUUCUGCGCGUGCGUGCGGCGCAGGUGCCGCUGGCGCCCACUACGCUGUCGGAGAGGGAGGCCUUGUUCCUGCUGGAGCACUUGAGCGCCUUCAAGAACGGCGACGACUUCUGCUUGGCCCACUCCGUUUACAGGUCAGUCCCCUCUCACACGGUGCGCAAGAAGUACAAGCAAGUGGUGGACAGCCUCAGGAGGCGAUUUCCAAAGCACUUCCCCGAGAACGCCAAGGUGAAUUAGAUUGCAGGAAUCGCAGGAAUGCAUGUGUGCGGAAACCACUUGUGGGGAAACCGGACAGGCUUCCCCAAUAUGUUCAAGCA